GCUUCCACAUUUCGUCGAACAGGUUCCGUGCGUGGCGAUAAGCCCCGGUUUUGGCUGGCUUCCCCUGUUCGUUCCUCUUUGCGCGGCCGCACGCUGGGCUCAGGCAGCCGCAUUUGGCCCGCCCGCCCGUUCCCUUCCCCUCCUCCUCGCCGUGUGCAAGCGCCGCUCCUAGCAACAGAUCUCAUCGGCACAGAAAAGGUUGAGGUUAUCAUCGGCCCGCAGAACAGUUUAGAAGCAGAGUUCUUGACCUACCUAGCCAACAAAACCAAGACUCCUGUCAUCACUUCCUCUGCAACAGGUGAUUCAGUUAAUCAACAUCAUGUUCCGUACUUCCUCCGGGCCUGUGUCAAGGGCUCCUUCCAGGCAGCUCCAAUUGCCGCCUUCAUCCAGGCCUAUGGCUGGAAAAAUGUUGUUCUUGUCUACGAGGACAACACUUAUGGCGUCGGCAUUCUUCCGUCCAUUACUGACGCCCUUGAAGCCAUCGAUGUCCGUGUCAUUAACCGUUCUGCCGUCCCUACUUCUUCCCCCGAUUACCGCAUUGAUGAAGAACUGUACAAGCUCAUGACCAUGCAGACACGUGUCUUCAUCGUCCACAUGUUGCCAGCCGAUGCUUCCCGCCUCUUCGCUCGGGCUUCAGCAACCAAUAUGAUGACGGAGGGGUAUGUCUGGAUUGUCACAGAUAACAUUGGCAUUGUCCUUGAUGUGCUUCCCCAGGAUACAAUUGACACCAUGCUGGGUGUUGUGGGUUUCCGGCCAUAUGUAGCAAAAUCUGUGAGGAUCAGCGGUUUCACGGCUCGUUUCGUCACUCGAUACAGAGCCAAAUUCCAUCAAGAUCCUAAUGUUAGGGUGGCAAGACCCACCAUCUUCCAAUACUGGGCAUAUGGUGUGGUAUGGGCAAUUGCGUCUGCAACUGAGAAAGCCAUAAAUCUAAGGUCUACUCCACGCAACUUAGUAGAUGACCCGGAAGUAUCUCCUGCUGGACAAGACCUUCUGAAUUCCAUAACGGAUGGGGAGUUUGAUGGAUUGGCUGGGAGAUUCAGGUUUGUUGAUAGGCAGUUGCCGGUUCCAGCAUAUGAGAUUGUGAACGUGAUUGAAGAGAAAACUAGGCGCAUUGGGUUUUGGAGCCCUGUUUCUGGACUAUCACCUUUUCUCAACUCUAGCACUCGACCAGUCCAAGAUAGACGUAGGUUACGCGCUGAUCAAGUCCUGAGAACUGUCAUUUGGCCAGGAGAUUCAACAACAGUGCCCAGAGGCUGGGACGUCCCAGUAAAUGGCAAGAUACUCCAGAUUGCUGUGCCCGUGAGACGUGAUUUUAAGUUUUUUGUGAAUGUCGAGGCUAGUCCUAACUCCAGUGAACUUGUUGUCAACGGCUACAGCAUUGAUGUCUUUGAGGCUGCUGUGAAGAAACUACCAUAUGCGCUGCGCUAUAAGUACAUUCCCUAUGACUGUGCAAAUUCUUAUGACAAGCUGGUAUCGGAGGUUUACUUCAAGACGUUUGAUGCAGCAGUGGGUGAUGUGACAAUCAUUGCCAAUCGAACUAGGUAUGUGGACUUCACAAUGCCAUACACAGAGUCUGGAGUGUCGAUGCUUGUCCUAGCUAGGAAAGAUGAAGAUGAACCAACCAUGUGGGUCUUCUUAGAGCCACUAACGAAGGACCUUUGGAUGGCUACAGUAGUCUUUAUGGUCGUCACUGGGCUAUUUGUAUGGAUGAUUGAAAAUCCUAUAAAUGAGGAAUUCAAAGGUUCCAAAUGGAAACAGUUCAGCACUUCUUUCUACUUUGCAUUCUCCACCUGGACUUUCACGCAUGAUCAAAAGUUCAAAAGCCUUCAGUCAAAAGUUAUUGUGGUGUCCUGGUGCUUUGUAAUGCUAGUUAUAGUGCAGAGCUACACAGCAAGCUUGUCAUCAAUGUUAACUGCAAAGAGGCUCCAGCCUUCAGUGACUGACCCAAGGCAACUUUUGCACAAUGGUCACUAUGUUGGAUACCAGAAUGGCUCAUUUGUGCACUCAAUGCUGAGGAGGCUUCGAUUUGAGGAGCGCUGGAUAAAGGUUUGUAGCACGCAGGAGGAAUAUGCAAAGGCAUUGAAGCUGGGAUCAAAGAAUGGAGGAGUAUCUGCCAUCUUUGACGAGACACCAUACAUAAAUUCUUUCCUCUUGCAGUACGGCAAAGGGUUCCAGAAGGUCGGUCCCAUUGACAGGACAGUCGGUUUUGGUUUUGUUUUCCCUAAAGGCUCUCCGUUGGUGGAGGAUCUUUCCAAGGCCAUGCUGAAUUUGAUAGAAGGGCCUGAAGGUUCUCAUAUUGAGAAGAAGUGGUUCAGUGAUCCGAUUCUAUCACUGGAUUAUGGCAGUCUGGACACCGACUCCUUGCGCCUCAGCUCACGGAACUUUGAAGGUCUAUUCAUCAUCAAUGGAUGCGUUUUAGGUUUGAUGAUUCUCAUAAACUUGUCGAGGCGUGCUUAUGCAAAAUUCAUUGCCAAAAGAAACUCUGUUUCUGCUAGUGAUGACGAGGCUCAACCUUCGCCGAAUGGCAACGGCGUGCCUGCUAUCCAGUCCCUCUAGACUGGUGGAGAGUUUCCAAAAAGAAGUUAUUUGUGGGUUUGAGUAAGCAUAUCUUUAAUAGUAUUAAGUAUUACCAGAGAGGUUAGAAUGCAGUUUAAAUCAUAAGGAACACAAAAUUAUCACAGUUUGUAACCGACUUACUAUGACCCCACCACAUUUUAUUUGUUCAUCCGUGUCUGUUCUUGACCAAAGAUUCUCAAGAGACCAAAAUCCGCUAUUUUUUGGUAACAUAUUAACAUCCAGCAGUGUGUUUUCGGGCUUAAGAUCCAUAUGCACAACAGGAAUGCUGUGUAAAAAGAGUAAACCAUCGCAGAUCCCCUUAAUUAUGUUGAAUCGUGUGUCCCUGUCCAAUGGGAUAUCUACUUUUGAAGAAGAGAUACUGAAUUACUGAAGUACUACAAGAUAAUGACUUGAAUAUCAUUUAUUUGUAAGCAUGCUAAUAGCAAAAAUAUGAUCACAAAAAACAAAUUGUUAGGCACAAUCGUAACUUCUUUUGAUCAUGUCCAGUGUUGUACCUGAACAUAGUGUAACAUAGAUUAAUGGCCAACCUCCAAUUCACAGAGUUAUCAUAUAGGAGUAUGAGAAUCUUCAACAUGGAUGCAAUUUGAAACGGGUAGUAUGAUAUACCAAAAAUAUUAUUCAUAAGGCUUCCCGUGGUAAAUAUUCAUAGCAGAUUACACUUUGAACAACGUCAGCAAUAGUAUAUCUUCAAUUGUUCUGCUCCACU